CGUGCCGUUGCGCACCACCUCCGGCGCCUGAACGCCCGUGCGGUUGAUGGACGGGACCUUGACAGUACCCGGCACCAGCACCACCGCCGGCGGCGUCGCCGGCGAGGGCGAGGGCGAAGGAAGCCGCAAUGCCGUCGCGCCGCCCGCGAGGAGCAGGGCACCGCCCGCCAGCAGCAGCACCAUCACCGCCCCGAAGGGCGUCGUGGCGCGCCGCCGCGCCAUCGCGCCCUGACCAGAUGCAUGGAGUGCCAUGUUGCUAGUGAGCGCUACUGUUGCCAGUGGCACGGUGCGUACACUGGUGCUCAUUUGCUCGAUCUG